GGAGGUGUCACGAACUGAAAUUCAGAGCAUAAUGUGCAAUAUGGAGAAAGUUUGAGGACCUAACAAAAUUCCUUAACCCUCGCAGUGAAUCACCAAAAUGACGGUGCUUCCCUUCCCUUCCCGUCCCUCCGUAUUGCUCUUAGCGGAUGGCUAGUUCCCCCCUUCCCCACAAGAACCUCUACGCCUUCGUCACCUUCUUCCUCCUCCUCUUCCUCCUGUCAACCGUACUCUUCUUUAGCAAGAGAUCUCUGGAGCCCACUCUUACCCUCUACAGAGCCGUCUCCCGACGACGCCCCGCUCCUCCCCCGCUCCUCUCCCCUCCCGCUCCCUAUUCCGACCUCCCCCCGCCGGAAUCCGCCGUUCCCGUUUCCUCCGGGGAUCCUCCGGGUGAGCCUCUGCAUUCCCACUCUGUUACUGAAAAUGGGACUAGGGGUACAAUGUUUGAUGGUAAUGGUAAUGGUAAUGUCGACGAAAUUGUAUCGGACGAAAGUGCGGAGUGGGCUACAGACUGUGAUUUGUACGUGGGUACCUGGGUGAAAGACGACGAUUAUCCAAAAUACAAACCAGGUUCUUGCCCAUAUGUUGAUGGGGCUUUUAGCUGUCAAAGCAAUGGGCGGCCUGAUUCCGAGUAUCUGAAAUGGCGAUGGAAGCCCGACGGCUGCGAUCUCCCGCGGUUUAAUGCGACAGACUUUUUGGUAAGACUCAGAGGUAAGAAGCUAAUGCUGGUUGGUGAUUCCAUGAACCGUAACCAGUUCGAAUCAAUUUUAUGCCUCCUCCGUGAAGGCUUGCCUGAUGUGAGCAGAAUGUACGAGGCCCAUGGUUACACCAUAACCAAAGGGAGAGGCUACUAUGUCUUCAAAUUUGCUGAUUAUAAUUGUACAGUGGAAUUUGUGCGAUCACAUUUUCUUGUGAAAGAAGGAACCCGCAUCAAUGGGCAGGGAAACUCUAAUCCUACACUAUCAAUAGAUCAAAUUGACAAGUCAGCUAGCAGAUGGAAGCGAGCUGACAUUCUAGUGUUCAAUACAGGCCAUUGGUGGACUCAUGGGAAAACUGCUAGGGGGAAAAAUUAUUAUAAAGAAGGUGAUUACAUCUAUCCAAAAUUUGAUGCAACCGAAGCUUAUAGAAGGGCUCUGAAGACCUGGGCAAAUUGGGUUGAUAAAAACAUUAACCCAGCGAAGCAGCUGGUCUUUUACCGCGGCUACUCCUCUGCUCAUUUCAGAGGCGGAGAUUGGGACUCUGGUGGGUCGUGUAACGGGGAAACUGUUCCAAUCUUGAGGGGGCCCUUCCUUCAAAGCUAUCCUUUAAAAAUGAAGAUAGUGGAGGAGGUGAUACGGGAAAUGGAGGUACCGGUAAAGUUGCUGAACGUGACCAGAUUGACCAAUUUCCGCAAGGAUGGCCAUCCAUCCAUCUACGGCAAGAACUUGAGCUCCGGGCGAAGGGUUUCUACCAGGCGCCAGGAUUGUAGCCAUUGGUGCCUUCCUGGGAUACCCGAUACUUGGAAUGAGUUGAUUUAUGCUACUUUGAUAUCUCAACAAACGCCGUCCAUCAAGAAUCCUUGAUGGAUGCUCCUUCGGCCCCCACUGAGUUUUUAUUUUAAUCCAAUGACUCGCAGUAGCGUUCUUGGUGUGUAUAUUGCAUAGGACCCCAUAGCAGACUCUGUCAUUCAAUUGUUUUCCUCUUCCCCGAAAUUGUAAUGUUUACUUUCGUACCUUCAGAGGUCAAACCGAUGCUUUUUCGAAUUAUUCUUUUCUGCGAUUUUGUAAUGUUUACUUUGGGAACUUCAGACCCACAAUUUAGUAUCCAUUCUCAGAUUCAUUUUUUCCAAUGAGAAGCAGCUCCAGACCCACAAUUUUUUCUUGGGAGGAAA